AAGAUUCAAUCCGACAUAUCCAUAUAGUCCGUACUGUUGGAACGAUUAGCUGAAAAAGAACACCUCGUUACCAGAUACUUGGAAACGAAAGGAUACGUCGAUCUUCGAUUGGAACGAAUAGAAACAUCUAGAUCGACCAUCAAUCAGAGAAAGGAAUAACAAUCAUGUCUGAAACACGUAUUCGAACGUGGAAGAAUAGUCCUUUACAAAAGUUGUGGUGGUGGUUAUGGUUAAGUGAUCCUACCUGGUCUGAAGAGCGUAAAGCGAGAGAACAAUUAGUCAGACGAUUGGAUUUCUUCUUCUGUAGUUAUACAUCACUUUCGGCUAUCGUCAAACUACUCGAUCAGACAAACAUCUCCAAUGCUUACGUGUCAGGAAUGAAAGAAGAUCUAUCUCUAUUCGGUAACCAACUUAACUUCUUUACCACUUAUUUUAACAUUGGAUAUAUCGUCAUGAUUCCCAUUUCGGCUUAUUUCAUCAAUGGUAGGAUCAGACCGAGUAUUUUCCUUCCUACCGCUGAAUUAUUCUGGGGUAUUGGUACUGCUGGACUUGCAGCCGCUAAGAAUUAUAAACAAGUUUAUGGUCUUCGUUUUUUCGUCGGUUUCUGUGAAGGCACAGCUUGGCCCGGAACUAUGACCCUCAUUCUCUCUUGGUACACUCCUGGGGAAAUUGGAAAACGUAUGGCCGUUUAUAACGGAGCUACUACACUUGGUGGUAUCUUCUCCGGUGCUCUUCAAUCUGCUCUUUAUACCAAUUUGAACGGUUCUCAUGGUAUUGCUGGUUGGCGUUGGUUGUUCAUCGUCAAUGCUUGUAUCACGGUUUUCGUAGCCAUUUGGGGUUACGUUGGCUGUCCUGAUUAUCCCAAUAAGGUCAACCCUCUGGCUAAAAAGUAUUGGCUUCGUGAACAAGAUGAAGUCACUGCUGUAGCUCGUAUGAAGAGUGUUCGUCGUGAGAUGCCUAAAGGGUGGUCUUUGGCGACUUUCAAAUCUGUAGUUACCAGACCUCAAAACAUUACUGUCUUGCUAGCAUACGAGUUUAUCGGACAAGGUGGAACCGGUACUGGUUUCUUCAACCUUUGGCUUAAAAGUUUGAAGAAGGCCAAUGGCAAAUCCCGUUUCACUGUAUCUCAAUUGAACACCAUUCCCAUCGCUGGUAGUGUGAUCAACAUUCUAUCGCUGUUUUUCUUCCUUUCAUUAUCGGAUGUGUUCAAGACUCGUUGGCCAUUCGUUAUCAUCGUCGCUCUUAAUGGUAUCAUCUGGGCAUCCGUUCUUACUGCCUGGUAUGUUCCAGAUGGAGUCAAGAUGGCCGCUUUCCUCUUACUCAAUAUCUCUUCGGUGUAUGCCAACCUGAUCGUUUCUUGGCUUGGUGAUCUUGUCCGACACAGUGCGGAAGAACGUUCUUUGAUCGUAGCCGCUUUCCCCGUCAUCUUCUACACUCUCGGAGCCGGUGUACCACUCAAAGUUUUCCCUGCAUCUCAGGCACCUCAUUACAAGAUCGGUUGGAAAUAUCCCGUCAUCAUGUUCUCCAUCGGGAUACCUUUCACCUUACUGACUGUUUAUCUUGAAAGACGUCAAAAUCGUAUUGACGCUUUGAACCAGAUACCAGAUGAGAGUGAUCAUAAUUCAAUUUCUGCUCCCCAGAGUGAGAAAGAUGAUGAGAAAUAUGGUGUGGUAGCUCCUACUGGUGCGGAGUUGGCAGCUAGGAAUUUGCCGACUCUCUGAUGUGGAUUCGGGUUUCCUUUUAAGAGAUAUACUUUGGAUCGAUUUCUCCGGGAACUGCGGGAGGAGUUAAUGUGGUUAUCUGAUUAGUAGAAGACGGAGAGGGAUGAUGUUGGGGUGAGAUUGGUUGAUACAUGUCAAGGUUAAUUAGAAGAGUGACGAGGAGAAGGGGUUUCUUGAUUCUUGAGUUUUGUGUGCAGGAUUUUCUUUAGUAGAUUAGAUCGGGUUUGAAUGCAUCUCUUGUCAUUUUAC